UUUCUUCAUAGUCAGUUUGUCUGUCGAAGAAGAAACAAUUCACAACCCAACAUGUUCAAGUUGAUCGCUUUCUUGGCCGUUUUGGCCGUCGCCUUCGCAGCUCCAGCUCCGGCUCCAGGAUUAAUUUCUAGCCCAGUUGUCUACCAACCAUAUAAUGCUUUACCAGUGGCAACAAGUGGAGCAAUUGUCCAGGCUUCUCCUCUCGCUUAUUCUUAUGGUGGCUACCCCCUCGCAUCACCAUACGCCUACCCACAUCAGUACUUCAUCUAAGCUGAAGAAAAGCAGAAUCAUUCUAAACGACAACUUUUAGCAUCAAUUUAGGAUCUUCGACACCUCAUCUAAUUAUACGAAAUAAGAAUCAAUGUGAGUUAGUUUUAAGAUUUUUUGAUUAUUUAAAUAAAAUUUUUAAAUGAUCAAAAUUUAUGUUUUUCUAUUCUUAAUUGAAUAUGGUUCUAAUAUUAUAUUUAGCAUAUUUUCACUAAAAAUUCAAUAUAAAUUGAUUAUUUACUCAGUCCAUUCUGGUGCCGUGAGUUAGUCCCAAAAAGCAAUGAUUUACCCCUCCCCCCGCCCCUAAAAUCGAAAGAUUGAAUUCAUCAGAUCGUAUGAACUGGAAAUGUUUCAAUUUUUUUUGCUUUGUUCAAUCUUUGACAUUUAUCUGGAAUCUUUGUAAAAUAAUAUAAGUCUUUUUGAAACCUUUGAGAAAUAUUUGA